AUAUUCGAAUCCAUAAAUCCAUAAACAAGGUACGCCACUGGUCUACAUUGCAAAAAUUGAAUCAAGUGCAAUUAGAUCACAAAAAAUAGCAACAAAAUGCUUCAGGUACAUUUACAUAUUAAACAAUUGAACAUCGUGAUGUUACUUAACGAUGUCAAAGAUUUAACACUAAUUGCUGUUAUUUCUACAUAUAAUAUGUUACUGCAUAAAGGUCAGAUAUUAUCAUCGUCUUAUCAAAAUAAACAGUCCCAAAACGUGUGCCGUGAGAGAUUGUAGAGUUUUUUUGGAGUAAAAAUGAAGGCAGCCUUCAAGGGAUUUACGCGGUUUAGGUUAGCGCACAGGACUGUCCUGAGCCAGUCGGCCAAGAGUAUAUCCACCGCAGGUGGAAACGGAUACGAAGAAGGCAGAAAAUGGAAUUCGGCACAGAACAUCGCGAUCAGCUCGGCAGCAGCCACUUGGUUGGCAUACGAAGUUUAUGAGAGGAACAAGAAUAGGGUGUUCCUAAAGGAAGCAAAGAACGAUGAGGUCGCUAUUGAGCCCGGGAAGUUUGUGGAUGGUUUACCAAGUUAUACCCUGGAUGAAGUAGCAAAGCAUGCAUCAGUUGAAACUCGAAUAUGGGUAACAUUCAAACAAGGUGUAUACGAUAUAACGAAGUUCGUGACGGAACAUCCUGGCGGUGAGCAGAUUCUUCUUGCUGCAGGUAGUUCAGUGGAGCCUUUUUGGAUGCUUUAUGGAGUACACAAGAGCAAUUUCGUCUACGAAAUUCUGGAGUCGAUGCGUAUCGGUAACCUCUCCGAGGAGGACGCCAAAGAAGCUAUAAAGGAUAUGUCAGAUCCAUACCAUAACGACCCUAAAAGGCAUAAGAUCUUGAAACCAGCAUCAGUGAAACCUUUCAAUGCGGAACCUCCCUCUUCGAUUUUGGUGGACAAUUUCAUUACACCCAACGAUUUAUUCUACGUGAGAAAUCAUUUGCCGGUGCCAGAAAUUGACCCUGAAACAUACGAACUGGAAAUAGAAUUUGAAGGAAAAACGAAAACCGUAAUUCUGUCUUUGGAUGAUAUCAAGAAGUUUCCAAAGCACACAGUGACCAUGUCGAUUAUGUGUGCCGGUAAUAGAAGAACAGAAAUGACUAAGAUUAAGGCGGUUAAAGGUUUAGGUUGGGGAAACGCGGCUAUUGGUAAUGCCCAGUGGACUGGAGCCAAAUUGAGGGAUGUUUUAACAGCCGCUGGUUAUGAUGUGGAUUCGGACGAAUACAAACAUAUUCAUUUUGAGGGAUUGGACACUGAUCCUACGAGUAAACCCUAUGGGGCUUCGAUUCCCAGUUGGAAGGGCGUUGAUAAAAGAGGCGAGGUGAUCUUGGCUUACGAGAUGAACGGAGUGCCAAUUCCUCGCGAUCACGGCUACCCAAUUAGAGCUAUAGUACCCGGUGUAGUUGGUGCUAGGAACGUUAAAUGGCUAGGAAGAAUAUUUUUAUCGUCUGAGGAGAGCGAUUCACAUUGGCAGCAAAAUGAUUACAAGGGAUUCUCGCCAAGCACCGAUUGGGACACGGUGGACUUCACCAAAUCGCCGGCUAUCCAGGAGUUACCUGUUAUUUCCUCGAUUUGUAAACCAAUAGCUAAUCAAACAGUCACCGUCGUAGAUGGUCACAUAACUGUGCAAGGAUACGCUUGGUCCGGGGGCGGCAUGAAAAUAGUCCGAGUCGAUGUAACAGCGGACGGUGGGGAUACCUGGCAUGUCGCCACCUUCGACGGCCAAGAUUCAAAUGACCCUCCUCAACAUUGGGCUUGGACUUUGUGGACCGCCAAGAUUCCCAUUCCGGAUGGAACGGAGAACGUAGAGCUUUGGGCCAAAGCCGUCGAUUCAAACUACAACACGCAACCGGAGAGUUUCAAGAACAUAUGGAACCUUCGUGGAGUCCUCAGCAACGCGUAUCAUCGUGUCCCCAUCAACUUGCAGCGCGAGAAAUGAGAUUAUUUUCAUACAUUCCUUAAAUAAUUAACUAUUAACAAAAAUAAAAAAAUAACAUCAAAUAAACAUCUAUCAUUUCCAAAGAAGUUAUUAUAUAAAAAUGAAUAGAAUAAAGAGGUGAAAAUAUGGA